AUGUAUGCAGAUGACAGGCGUGGUAACGCGAUAUGUAAAUGAGGGGGCGGGGCCGGGACGGGUGUGUGUCGGUGCCUCCCGCCAGCUGCAGCCAGAGGUGCCGAGCGCCGCCAAACCCCGGGUACCGCCGAGGCACCGGACCGGGGCCAGUCCAGCCGAACCGGGCCGAGCCGGCGGCCCGCCCUAAAGCAUGGCCGAGCCGCCGGCCGGACCGGGCCCAGAGGGUGAGGAGGGCCCGGUUCGCUUUGCCCGCAAGGGAGCCCUGCGGCAGAAGAACGUGCACGAGGUGAAGAACCACAAGUUCACGGCGCGGUUCUUCAAGCAGCCCACGUUCUGCAGCCACUGCACCGACUUCAUCUGGGGCUUCGGCAAGCAGGGCUUCCAGUGUCAAGUUUGCUGCUUCGUCGUGCACAAGCGGUGCCAUGAGUUUGUCACCUUCUCCUGCCCGGGUGCUGACAAGGGCCCUGCCUCUGAUGAUCCCCGGAGCAAACACAAAUUUAAAAUCCACACGUACUCCAGCCCCACCUUCUGUGACCACUGCGGGUCAUUGCUCUACGGGCUCAUCCACCAGGGAAUGAAAUGUGACACCUGCAUGAUGAACGUGCACAAGCGCUGUGUGAUGAACGUCCCCAGCCUGUGCGGGACGGACCACACGGAGCGCCGGGGACGGAUUUACAUCAGGGCUGACAUCGAGAAGGAUGUGCUCACCGUGGUAGUAAGAGAUGCUAAAAACUUAGUUCCUAUGGAUCCUAAUGGCUUGUCAGAUCCCUACGUGAAGCUUAAACUAAUACCUGACCCCAAAAAUGAAAGCAAACAGAAGACCAAAACUAUCAAGUGCUCCCUGAAUCCUGAGUGGAAUGAGACAUUUAAAUUCCAACUGAAAGAGACGGACAAGGACCGGCGGUUGUCAGUGGAGAUUUGGGACUGGGAUCUGACCAGCAGGAAUGAUUUCAUGGGCUCCUUGUCCUUUGGGAUUUCUGAGCUGCAAAAGUCGGGAGUUGAUGGAUGGUUUAAGCUGCUGAGCCAGGAGGAAGGGGAAUAUUUCAAUGUCCCAGUGCCUCCAGAGGGAGAAGAAGGAAACGAGGAACUGAGGCAGAAAUUUGAGAGAGCCAAGAUUGGAGCGGGGUCCAAAGCAGUGGAUGAGAAGACAACAAAUGCCAUUUCCAAAUUCGACAACAACGGGAGCAGGGAUCGGAUGAAACUCUCAGAUUUCAAUUUCCUGAUGGUGCUGGGAAAAGGCAGCUUUGGGAAGGUGAUGCUGGCAGAGAGGAAGGGCACGGAUGAGCUCUAUGCUGUUAAGAUCCUGAAGAAGGAUGUGGUGAUCCAGGAUGAUGAUGUAGAGUGCACGAUGGUUGAGAAGCGUGUCCUGGCUCUCUCUGGGAAGCCCCCGUUCCUGACCCAGCUCCACUCCUGCUUCCAGACCAUGGAUCGCUUGUAUUUUGUGAUGGAAUACGUGAACGGAGGGGACUUGAUGUACCAGAUCCAGCAGGUUGGGAGGUUUAAAGAGCCACAUGCUGUAUUCUACGCAGCAGAAAUUGCCAUCGGGCUCUUCUUCCUGCAGAGCAAAGGCAUCAUCUAUAGAGACCUCAAGCUGGACAACGUGAUGCUGGAUAGCGAGGGGCACAUCAAGAUUGCAGACUUUGGCAUGUGCAAGGAGAACAUCUGGGAUGGGGUGACCACCAAGACCUUUUGUGGCACCCCAGACUACAUUGCACCCGAGAUAAUUGCAUAUCAGCCCUAUGGGAAGUCUGUGGACUGGUGGGCAUUUGGAGUCCUGCUCUAUGAAAUGUUAGCUGGCCAGGCUCCCUUUGAGGGGGAAGAUGAAGAUGAGCUCUUCCAGUCCAUCAUGGAGCACAACGUAGCCUACCCCAAGUCCAUGUCCAAGGAGGCUGUGGCAAUCUGCAAAGGGCUGAUGACGAAGCACCCUGCCAAGCGCCUGGGCUGUGGUCCGGAGGGGGAGCGGGACAUCAAGGAGCACGCGUUCUUCCGCUACAUCGACUGGGACAAGCUGGAGCGCAAGGAGAUCCAACCUCCCUUCAAGCCCAAGGCUAAGGACAAGCGAGACACUUCCAACUUCGACAAGGAGUUCACCCGGCAGCCGGUGGAGCUCACACCCACGGACAAACUCUUCAUCAUGAACUUGGACCAGAACGAGUUUGCUGGAUUCUCCUACACUAACCCUGAGUUUGUCAUUAACGUGUAGCCCUGCAGCCUGUACAUAACCACACUCGUCUUCCGGGAUUAGCAGCGCAGACGUCCACACCCCCACGCGAAAACUUCGCCGAGCGCUUGGUGUAGGAGGCCUUCCCGUGUCUGUGUCACUUUGCUAGCUUGGUUUCCCUCCUGGAGAGUGUCUGUGGGUCCGAGUUAAACAGUCAGUAAUACUUCUAGGAGCUCUAGUUGGUGGGUGACUAUAGCGUUUUUAAACGGGAAUAUACCAAAUUGGCUGCGGUCUUUGUCAUUUUCCCACGGGGAUGCUGAGAUCCCAGCAUCCCGGAGCUGCUCU